AUGCCCCACGCCAAAGACGACAGCUACGAGCCCGCCUCCUCGAGCGAUGCCCGCUCGCCCUGCCCGGUGCUGAACAGCCUAGCCAACCACCACCGCCUCCCGCACGACGGCCGGAACAUCACGGCGGCGCAACUGCGCUCGGCGCUGGGCUCGAUCGGGCUGGGCGCCGACGUGUCCGCGCUGCUGGUGUGGCGGGCCUUUACGAUCCACAGCGACGACGCCGAGUUCGGGCCCCACGGGUCCAUCGGCGGCCUGCGUGACGCCACCGACCUCAACGCCGCGGGGGAGCCCGUCCUCCACCUCGACAAAGUCGGCCGCCCGCACGCCAUUGAGCACGACGUCUCCGUCACGCGCCAGGACCGCGCUCUCGGCGACCCCAUCCCCUGCGACCCCGCCCUCUACGCGCAGUUCGUCGGCAGCACCCCGCGCGCCGGCUUCGGCGUCCCCGACCUCGGCCGCUACCGGAAGCUGCGGUACGCCGAAUCCCAGAAGAGCAAUCCCGCUUUGAAGUUUGGGCGUCGCGAGCACUACAUCGCCUGCGGCGAGUUGGCCGUCCUGCGGUGCCUGUUUGGCGAGGGGCUGGGUAAGGGCAUCCCGAAGAGCUAUUUGCAGGCGCUGUUUGGCGAGGAGCGCUUGCCGUUGGAGGAGGGGUGGAGGCCUAGACGCUGGGUCAAGGCGUUUUUGCCCGAGGCUGCGGCCGUGAUACUUGCGAUUUCGAGGUAUGCUUGGCCUUUUUGA